AGGGCCGGCUUUUCUGGAGUGGCGGGCGCGCGGGCGGGCUUGCCUGCCGAAGCGAGAGGCUGAGUGAGGGGGGCCCCAUAGCUGCCCUGACGCCCCCGCCAGCCAGCCAGCCAGGCCGGGCUAGGCCGAGGCGGACUAAGCCUUCCCACUCGGCCUUUUCCCCCUCCGUCGCUGAGGAAGAUGCUGCCUUUGUCCAUCAAGGACGAUGAGUACAAGCCGCCCAAGCUGAAUCUCCUCCGCAAAGUCUCGGGGUGGUUCAGAUCAAUCCUUUCAGACAAGACAUCACGAAACCUCUUCUUUUUUCUCUGCCUCAACCUUUCCUUUGCCUUCGUGGAGCUGCUGUAUGGCAUCUGGAGCAACAGUUUAGGUCUAAUAUCCGAUUCGUUUCACAUGUUUUUUGACUGUACUGCACUCUUAGCUGGACUGGCAGCAUCUGUAAUUUCAAAGUGGAGAUCAAAUGAUGCCUUUUCUUAUGGGUAUGUUCGGGCAGAAGUACUAGCUGGUUUUGUAAAUGGUCUGUUUCUAAUCUUUACAGCUUUCUUCAUUUUUUCUGAAGGUGUUGAGAGAGCUCUUGAGCCUCCAGAUGUGCAUCAUGAAAGGCUUCUUCCUGUUUCCAUACUUGGCUUUCUUGUAAACCUUAUAGGAAUUUUUGUGUUUCAACAUGGUGGACAUGGCCACUCCCAUGGCUCUGGUCAUGAGCACAGUCAUUCCCUGUUUAACGGGUCUUUAAGCCAUGGUCAUAGUCAUGGAGGGCAUGGCCAUGGUCACAGUCACAGCCAUGAAUCCAAGCAUGGGCACGAACAUGGACAUUCUCAUGGCCACAGCCAUGCACAGGAGUAUUGUCAUGAUGACCACUCCAUUGAAACAGCUGCAGGAUCCAGCAAACAGAUUUUAGAAGGUGUAUUUCUACAUAUUGUUGCUGAUACACUUGGGAGUGUUGGUGUAAUCAUAUCUGCAUUACUGAUGCAGAACUAUGGUUUAAUGAUAGCUGACCCUGUUUGUUCAAUGCUGAUAGCUCUACUCAUAGGAAUAAGUGUUGUUCCACUUCUGAGAGAAUCCAUUGGAAUUUUGAUGCAGCGAACCCCUCCCCUGUUGGAAAACGCUCUGCCUCAGUGUUAUCAAAGGGUUCAACAGCUGCAAGGAGUUUACAGUUUACAUGAUCCUCAUUUCUGGACCCUCUGUACUGAUGUUUACAUAGGGACUCUGAAACUGUUUGUAGCUCCAGAUGCUGAUGCAAAGUGGAUUCUAAGCCAGACUCACAACAUUUUUACUCAGGCUGGAGUGAGGCAGCUGUAUGUACAAAUUGACUUUGCCGCUAUGUAGCAAACACCUUGGACAUCCUUUUUGGACCAAAGGUUUUUUUUUAUUUUUAGAACCGUUAAUGAUUCAAGACAUUAGACUUCUUCUGAAACAGAAACCUCUCUUCUCAACAGUUGUCCGAAAUGGAAUAGACUGCUGCCUUUUGGCUGGAUGAAGAAGAACUUAAAGGGCACUGCCCUAGACUAUGGAGGGGCUUGGCUUUUUCAAAAGCCCUAAGCCUUUGUGCAUUGUUUGCCAAGUUUGUUCCUGCAGCAAACUUAAUGUGGUAUUGCAAUCAUUGGUUAUGCUUUCUUAGGAUGUUUUUGCUCAUUCCCACAAAGCCAGUGUUAUGCGGGGAGGGUGGAUGAAAAGAAAAUGAUUCUGUUCAUGUCACAGUGGUUGACAUUCUACAAUAUAACUGUAUGUAAGACUGUUUGUACUUUGCAAACUUGAUGAACCAAACCAUAUUGGGUUUCCAGAGUGCCUUUAUAUCGAAGUAUCUGUUGACACAGAUAUGAAACAUCGGGGAUUUUUAUUAAUUUUUAUGGCUACUUCUUGUACCGAGUAAGGUUCUUAACUUGUGAUUGGUGUGAUCUAUGUGUAAUAGCAUUAUGGUAGAUGUUGGACUCCUUCUUACUGUUACAUUCUGAACUUCCGUGGAGGUGACUUUUCAGUUGUACAAUACAAACAUCAAAUGAUCACACAAAGCUUGUUUACAAAAUGUUUUACUACCAUGAAGUGAAUCUAGGCUGAUUGUACCUCAGCACUCUUGACAGUAGUUGAAAAUUACUGUCUGUGGCCAUUGUGCUGAAGGAAAACCUGCAGAAAUGUGAUGCUACCACUUGAUUAUCUUCUUUAUCUACAGACUUGUUUUGAGUUUUUUAAAGCACUCAAAAAAGAGGAAGCUUUCAUGUAUUGCCUCCUUCUGUUUUUUUUUUCCAAUCUGAUCUGGGAGCUUUUACAUUCAGAUAUAUGAAUGGAUAAUGAUAUUUCUUUAUGUGCUAGCUAACAGAUUAUCAGAGGUUUUACUUCAGAUUCUAUGUUUUCAAUCAUUAUUCAGAAGCUAUUCAGUCUUAAGAUCUUAAAUGAAGAUCAAGCCAGAAUAUUCCUCCAGAAAUCCCUCCACUCUCUGCAAUAAAGUUCAUAAUGUAUACCAUUAUCAUGCAAUACAAAUGGAUUUGCUGAUUUCUCUCCAUACAAAAAGUCUGAUUUUGUAUUUGAUUUUAAAGGGAUCAAUGGGUUUUUCAGCAAAGUCUUUUGGCGCUUAAUUCACAGGGCAACUCUUUUAAUAAACAGUGUAUAGUUCAGCCAA